AUGGACUACGACGACGACGACAAUGGAGUUAUCCAACAGAAUCGCAAUUACAUUCUAGCAACAUGUACAGCACUCGGUGGAUACGAAGAAAAGGAAACAGCUCCCGGCGUCAUUAAGCAAGUGUAUACCUUGGGUGACCAAGCACUUGGUUGUCUCAGGGAUCUCAAACGGGCCAUUCGGGCCGAGAGCAAUGCUCCAUACAAGACCUUCCUUCCAGCUCUUGCCGACUUCAAUACUCUCGAGAAUGACUUCAUACCCAUCAUCAAAAUGCACGCACGUGACCCAUCAGAAAUAGCUGAACGCUUGAUCCUCGCAUGUUUGGAGUUGAUCGUACCAAUGACAUGGCCAUUACAACAACGACAACAAGCUCCCAAGAAUGAUGACAGCGAUGACGAGGACGACGAGGAAUAUGAUCCCAAUCUUCUUUUACGCUAUCGUCGAUACAAAUUGGCAUUGUUACAACCCGGCAUUCUAGAAGCAGUGACACGUCUCUUGGUGGAUCCAUUGGCCAUUCCUUAUCGUGAACGAUCCAUGCGCGACCAAAUUGUGAUUCGCCUUGUCUUAUAUUUCAUACGCAAUCUGGCUGCUAUUCCGGACUUGAAUGUAUCACAAAGUGCUCCUGAAGAAUCACUCAUGAUGGCUUCUAUGCAGGAGAAAAUGUUGUUACGUUUUUGUGAUGCUGGCAUCAUUGAGCUAUUAUUGGUGAUUGCAUCCAACAGCAAUGAGCCUGAUAGUGCAGAAUGGAAUGUGAUUGUAUUGGAGGUCCUUUAUUACUUGCUUCAAGGCGUUCCCGUCAAGGAGAUUUUUGAAAGUGAUUUGAAAGGAAAGGAUAAAAGUGCGAGCAUGAUUUCGGAUAAGGUGUCUGCAUUGCUACGUGCUGAGACGGAGAGGAAACGUGCCCAAAUUCGGAAUGCACCUACACGCCAUCAACGAUUCGGAGGCACUUAUGCUAUCAAAUCAUGGGAUGGUGAAACUAGGGUCUCGCACAAACAAGAUGCAGCAUUUGCACCUUUAUCAGACAUCAUGGAUAGCACCAAAAAGCCCGAUCGUCGAGGUGUCAAACGGAAGGAACGGGAUGAAGGGGGUCGCAAAGCUUACACAACAACCGCUGCCAUGUGCCGUAUCAAGGAAAUGGCCCAAUCAUUUUUAAAGAAUGCAUUCAACCCAUUUUAUCUGUCACUCAUUAAGGAUAUCGAGCGUGAGGAUAAGAAAAUCAUGGACAAGGACUUUCGACGGUUGUUUUACACGAUGCGAUGGUUCCUCGAAUACCUGGGUUAUGAGCAAGCGCAUGCAUCACGUGAACGUGAAAAGAAGGCUUUGGAAAAAGAAAAGAGUCAAGGCAUCUUCAACUCGGAUGAAUUGUAUUUGCCCAACAGAGAACAAAAUACGCCUAGCACCGAAGAACAGCAGCCACAACAAGAGAUGGAAAAUGAGGAGCAAUUACUGUUUGAUCAUGAUCGGGUGGCAACCGCCAUGGAUUUGAGAGCUUUCUUACUUUGUCUUCGGCGAUUACAAACCGUGAUGGAUGAAAAGAAUUGGGCCGAAGUGCAGGUGAUGGCUGAUUGUUUUCGACAGCUGCUAUUAACAGCCAGCACAAUGGCAGCUUCACCCCAUGAAGAAUUCCGGGAAGUCGCUGAAUACAUCCUCAGUAAUAUCUAUCACGAGCAUUCAACGUUGGAUCUCUUUGUCAACAUGAUUCGAAAAUACAAGAACCAGUCAUAUGGUUAUCUGAAGAGUGCAGUCGAGCUUACAGAUAUCAUGCUCAAACUUUUGGAGCAAUAUUCAUCCAAGAAUCAAUUCAUGUUUGUACGGAGGAAGAUCAAGCAAAAGAAAAAGCAAGAUGCGCCAACAAAUCAAGGGGAGGAUGGGGAUGACUCUGAAGAAGACGAAGAACGCGAAACCCAGGUGGCCUAUCGCGAGCACGUUUUCAAGUUUGAUGCUUUUGAAAAGAAAUAUUUGCAUUAUGACGUUGUUCGGGUGUAUUGUAUACUUCUUGAGCAGCUGGAUACCUUGGAACCACAUCUUGUUCUUUGUAUUACAAAUCUAUUCCAUCGCAUCAUGGUCAAACGCAAAUGUGAGCAGAUUUUCUACAAGCUCCCGGUGUUGAACCUCUUCAACCAGAUAUUAGGCCGACAAAACACUCUCCCCAGAAGCACAGCCAUCACAGAGCUAGUAAGGUUUAUCCGUUAUUGUACGCGACAAUUUUUCAAGCGUCUUGAAUCACACCCUCCCCUUUUCCUCGAAAUCCUUUUUACCAACCCUAAUUCCAAACGCUCAUAA